AUGGCCCAUAUCAUAUGGUAUAUUUCUGCUCUGGACUUUCUACUAGAACUUUGCUGGACCGGUGUUACAGCCCAGGUAGCACCGGGCCUUCUCCUCCUCGCGCCGCCGUCCUCCUGCUCCUCCUCCAGCGCUCGCUCUGCCGUCCUUCAUCGCGCGGGGCGGAGCGGGUGUUUGUGGCGGAGCAGCGCACAGCGUUGCUCGCGGGAGGGGUUGUGGCGGCUCUCCCAGUUCGAGCCGAGGAGACCCAGUUCGCCGUCGACGCCCAGAACCCCAGCUCGCCGUCCCCUCCCCAAUCUCAGAUGCUCUCUCUCUCUCUGCCUGUCAAACAUUAGAGUUCACUGUCGAUCGGAACACUUCAAACGUUCAGUAGCAAAGCGAACCAAGGAUGCAAUACCCCUGCACUGCAAAGUGAUAAGUAGUGUGAAAAGCUGUGACCAUUCAAGGUUAAACUUCUGUGGUCUAAGGACCGAGACCUACGAUUUGUACGUGGAGUAUCACCGACCCUCUUUUUUUUUAAUGUGUGGAAUGAUAUGUGAAGACACUAAGAUCAUCGGAUGGAUAGCUGUGGCACUUGGAGUACUUCAUUACUUUCGUAUUGCAUCCACCGCCUACUAUGACAGCUUCAACGUUAUCUUGUUUUCUUCCUCCGUGCUUGGUUGUUGUAACGGUUUCUUAUGGCUGUAUCAUCCUCGGCUGUGUAUUUCUUUCGAAUACAAGAUCGGGUCUUACAUCAUUGGCUGUCUGCGAGGGCUGGAAGCAUUCCUAUGGCUGUCUCGCCUUAUUGCUCCUAUGUUGUCGAAGAUGGAGCGUACAACUAUUGCGCCGCCUCAGCCUGAUAAGCCUAAAUAUAAGGUGCAUGUGUGGUGACUGUUGGCAGUCGAGUCUGAUGUAGAGAUGAUGCAAACUAGAGAAAUUACUUGUGGUCCUCAAAUAGUGUAACGUUCUAAUUUCCACAUUGCCGGUUGGAGAGAAAAGAAGCUUGAAAGCGGCUGUUUCAUUCCCUUUCUCAGCGGGGCAGCUU